UGCUGCGCGCGGCGGAGGAGGCUGGCAGCCAACACCAGCCGCCCGACGGACGGAGCGCAGAGCUCGCCCGCCCGCGAGGGACCGGCAAGGCGCCGCCGCCGCGAGCCGCUUCCUUCUGCGGCCACCUUGGACGGGACGGCGCGGCGCGGGGCAGCAGGAGCGCCUGAGGCGUCCUCUGCAGAAAAGGCAGCCGCGCCAUGAGCCCUGUGUGGGGGGAGCGUACGCCUGGCCGUCCUUCUGCCCGCCCCCCACAUCUGGAGCUGGGAAUCGCUCGCAGGUCCCUUCUGCACGGCUGACGCCAGAGCUGGGCCAGAGCAUCUCCCGAGCAGGAGCCUGGACCACUGCUGCUGGAGGUGGGAAAACAGGAGAAAGCCAAACACAGAGAUUGCAAGAGCGGCACCCUUUUCUGCAGGCAGGAUUCUGGGAUUUGCCCUCCACGCUGCUGCUCUCGUUCGCCACUCAGCCGGAGCCAUCAGAUGAGCUGGGUUUAUGAGCUUCCAAGUUAGCACCCAAGGGCCCCUCCUCGGCGUUUCUGCUCCACACUUCUGGCUGCUGCCCGCCAAGACCCGACGAUGACGCCUGGCCGGGUGUCUCCCCUCUUGGGCUGCCUGCUGACGGCUGUGCUGGCCCUGGCGGCCGACCUGGUGCCCCGGAUGACCUUCUGGACAGGGGACUCCCAGAGGAUGGCUACCUGGUUCCAGCACAUGGGGGUCCUGAACUACGACACCUUCCUCCUGAGCGAAGAUGGGGAGACCCUCUACGUGGGGGCCAGGGACACCCUCCUGGCCCUCGGUCUGGACAGCGCCCACUCCCUCAAGCUGAAGGGCGAGAUACCGUGGAGGCCUUCGCCCUCAAAGAAACAUGAGUGUGUCUUUAAGAAGAAAAGCAACGAGACAGAAUGUUUCAACUUCAUCCGCGUCUUGGUGCAGCUGAACAAGACCCAUCUCUACACCUGUGGGACUUACGCCUUCAGCCCCACCUGUGCCUAUGUGGAACUGAAGAAUUUCACCCUGGUGAAGGAUGCCAGAGAGGAACCGCUCCUCCUAGACGGGAAGGGCAUGUGCCCCUUUGACCCUCAACACCAGAACACGGCCAUCAUCGUUGGCGGGGAACUUUAUACGGCCACCAUGAACAACUUCCAGGGCAACGAGCCCAUCAUCUCCCGCACCCUGGGCAACCGGUCAGUUCUGAAGACGGACGCCUUCCUCAACUGGCUGCACGCGGAUGCGGCGUUUGUGGCCUCUUUCAACCCGAGCCCCCCAGACGACGAGAAAGUCUACUUCUUCUUUGCGGAAACGGCCAAGGAGUUUGACUUCUUCGACAAACUGACCGUCUCCAGGGUCGCCCGGGUCUGCAAGAACGAUGUGGGUGGGGACAAGGUCCUGCAGAAGAAGUGGACCACCUUCCUGAAGGCCCAGCUCUCCUGCACCCAGCCGGGCCAGUUCCCGCACACGGUCAUCCAGCACGUCUUUGCCCUCCCGCAGCAGGAGGAGGGGGCUGUCUUCUACGGGGUCUUCACUUCUCAGUGGCAGGCGGGACAUUUUGCCAGCUCAGCAGUCUGCGCCUUCAGCCUUGGGGCCAUCAAAAAGGCCUUUGACGGGAAGUAUAAAGAGUUUAACAAGGACUGUUCCCAGUGGAUGACCUACAAUGGACCGAUGCUGGACCCCCGCCCGGGCAGUUGUUCUGUUGGCCCGUCCUCGGACAAAGCCCUCACCUUCAUGAAAGAGCACUUCCUGAUGGAUGAGAAGAUCCUGCCAACGUACAACCGGCCUCUCCUCGUGAAUCGGCACGUGACAUACACCCGGAUUGCAGUCCACCAGAUUCGGGGCGUCUCGGGGAGGCACUACAGUGUGAUGUUUCUAGGAACAGACCAAGGCUUCCUCCAGAAAGCAGUGGUGGUCAGGAGUGGGGCUCACAUCAUCGAGGCCGUCCAGUUGUUUAAGAAGGCUGAACCGGUCCGGAACUUGCUGCUCUCCUCCGGAAAGGGGACCCUGUAUGUGGGGUAUUCUGAAGGAGUCCUGCAAAUCCCGCUGGCCAACUGCAGCGUCUACCAAAGCUGUGCCGACUGUGUCUUGGCACGAGACCCCUACUGUGCGUGGGACAGACGCAGCCACAAGUGCAGAGACGUCCGGGAUGCCAGCGAGGACGCGGGCGACUGGCUGCAGGAUAUUGAGAACGGGAGUCCGGACGCCAGAUGCCCACGCGGCACAGGGCGGGCCAGAGCCUCACCGCGGACUUCGAACGACUCUGACGGCAGCGUGGUGACCACUCUCAACCCGCCGCUGAACUCGGUGGUGAGGCUGCCGUGCCCCCAGGGCUCUGCCCUGGCCAACUACACGUGGGACUUCCCGGAGAGGAAGAGGCCGGAAGGGCUGCUUGUGCAAGAGGACCAGGCCCUGGUCGUCAUUGUCCAGAGGGACACCCUGGGCACCUACGAGUGCUGGGCCCACGAGAACGGCUUCCCGCAGUUGGUGGCCCGCUACCACCUCCUCUCCCCGGACUUCCCGGACCCCCUGGGCGGCUUCGGCGCUCCCGAGGACCCCCGGCAGCAUGCGGGGCGCGAGGGCGAGCAGCCCACCUACUGGGUCCAGUUUGUCACCAUGACGGUGCUCCUGUCCAUGACCCUGGCCGGAGCGGCCGGCCUGGCCUUCUUCUCCUACCACGAGAAGCUGCAGGAGAGGAGCAAGGUGCAGGGCUGCAGCACCCCCGAGGCCAGCGGGGCCGCCGGGCAGGAGAAGGUGCCCCUGAACGGCAGCCAGAGCCCCGCUCCCGGCAGCGAGGGCCAGCUCCAGGGCCCCCCCCAGGAGGCCCCCGCCAGCUCCAAGUCCUGCUGUGUCCAGCUGGAGGGCGGCUUCCAGGCCAUCGACGCCGACAACAACCGCUUGAGCUCCGGUGUGCCCAACGGGGAGGAGCCCAGAGCAGCCGUGGCCGUGGAGGGCAUCUAGCCCCCCUUCACGUGCCCCCCCCCCCAGGCCAGAGAGCCCAGCCGGCUCACAGGCAACCGGGCAAGACCGACCACUGAGAGAACGUCUAUGGAGCUGCCCAGAGCACCAUCUAGAAACACGGAGUUUCCUCUGAGUUCAGCGUUUGUUCUGGUCUCCUCUGUCCGAUGCCACGCGGACCCCAGAAGCCCAGCUGCGUGGCUGGCUGAAUCCCUACCUCCCCCCGUGUCUCGGGGCGGGGUGUCUGCUACCUCCACUCUCGCUCCACAGCCGGGGUCCUGGGCCAGAACACUUCUCCUGCCGUCUCUUCCCGGGCCCCCUUGCGGCCCUCUCUGUCCAUCUCCCCCUGGGAUGUUUACAGAAGCCAGAGGACUAGCCGUCCCCAUCCCUGUCGCCCCUCGAGGCACAGGGGUCAGGGCUGGGCUUCUCGGGGGCCCUGCUGGAUGGUUUUCCUGUUGAUGCAACAUUGGGAUGAUGCGUGUUGCCACCCGGGUUGCAUCCAUCCCUGGCCGUGAUGCUGGGGAGGGGCUGGGAAGGUCGACUCGAGGUUAGGAGUGAAGAGAUGCAAACGGGCUUCUCGGAAGAGCAAGCCAGCAGCAGAGGGGGCAGAGCUGCUGAGGGGGCACAGGCAUCUUGGGGCUGCUAGCACAGUGCGAGGUAGGCCUGAUCCGUGUGGGGCCUGCUGCCCCCGGAGGCUCUGCCAGAAAGGGCUUAUUCCUCUCUGAAGGGUUAUUGGGGGCCUCUUUGAGGUCUGCUUUUCACCCAAAGGCUUCUCCACUUCAGGGCUUCACCCUCGGAAACACCCUCCUGUGCUUGAGGCAGCUGAGUUCUGCGUGGAGAAAAACAGCCUUCUGCUGUAGGGGCAGCACGUCUCAUGUCGUUGGUGGCAUCUUUUCUGGGGAUGGGGCGAGGAGCAGCUAUGCAAGGCACCCAAGUGCCCUCUCCCUCCCCCCAAGUGUUGUUUCACACACACCCCCGCGGUGUUGUGGGGGAGCUGUGCAGGCAAGGAGUGGCUCACAUGCUGUGGAGCACAGUCUCUGUCACCCCAAGGACUAGAACCUUGCUUUUGAAAGAGGAGGUGUUUCGGAAGACGGAUCCUGCGCUCGGCAGCCAGGCACGUCCUGCCUUUUCCAGGGAGCUCCUGCAGAAAUGCAGCCUAUACGCUGCUCUGGGUUUGUGCGUUAAGAGUUGCUCCAGGGUAGCAGCUUCCCCCUGCAGACGGAGUGAUCUUCCCUGGAGCACCGCACGCGCCCUUGCAGCUCUGUAGCAGGGGUUUGUGCAAGGCAGCUAGCGGACUGGGGGCCACCUCAGGAUGGACCUCUCAGCCCCUCCUUAACGUGCAGGGUGUCCAGAGUCCUUCCUGGUUGAAAGAGGGAGAACGGAGGCGAGGGGGCCGGUCGGUGUGGCGGGGGGGGGUUGCCUGAAGCCACACACAGAGACUCCUAACUCUGGCUGACUCCAGCCGGCUGGCCUGCUCUCUCCGUCCACAUGGCACCCUGUGUGGGGCCAGGGAGCUGUGGGGGAGGCGGUGAGCUGGCCAGAGCCGGAAGGACGUUCUCAGCUGGCGAGGGCAGACUGUGGCACUGCCUUAUCUUAUCUUCCCCCCUGCAUAGAUGCACUUUUCUCUCCCGACCAGUUUUCCACUCCUUCAUCAGGAGGACUUGGCAGGCAAUGGGGUGGUGUUUUCCCAGGUGAUGGAGGCCUCCCGCUCGCCUCCUGCCUCCCAGUCAGUAACAAGCUGUGAGUUCCUUCCCUUGAUUCCCCUUCAGUAUUAACGGGGCCUUUUGGCAAAUGGCUCCAGCAUCUGCGUGUUGCCACUGACCUCUAGCGAGCAAAGUGAGGAGUCCAUGCCGACUCGUGAAAUGUCCUUGUCCCCGUGCAACUUCUCCCCCUUCUGGGCACUUUCUCCAGCUCUUGGGGGCCUUGGUGGUUUAAAAAAACACACAGGCCAGAUCUGUCUGUGUGUUCUGGACCUCCUCUGUCUCUCUCCGGGGAAAGCUUCCCAGGCACACAAGACCAGCUGCAGUAUUUGGGGACUUUUAAAAACUCGCCUGUUAAAAAGGUGAUUUCGAGAAAGUAUUGCUGGAACCAGAGUGCCUGAAGGCCCAGUCGUUCCGGCUAACCCCCCACGUGCUCUGGAGGUGGAGAAGUUGGGAAUCUCUCCGGAGAGUGUCGUUUCACACGUGACGCAGAGGCAAACCCAGGUUUGCAGCCAUGUGUGCAUGCUUCCCAGAGAACCAGAGGCCACCUGAGCUUCCUGACGAGCACAUCUGCAUGGAACACUUCUUUCUGCAAACAGGCGUUUGUGACGUCCACACGCUGCCGUCUGAGGUUACCAUUUUAGCUGUAUUCUGAAUACAUCUUUGACAUGUGCGCGAAAAUGUGAUGUGUGCAGAAGACCAGGAUGCUGAUAAAACCCUCCGAGGGUUACAGGCCGCUGGUAUCUCCAGUGCACCGACCCCUUUGUAUGUUUGUGAGUGGAUGUGUGUGUGUGUGUCUGUCUGUCUAGGUGAGAGAGUGAUCUUCUUAAUUGUGACGUAGGAUUGCCAUCUCUUCCAAAAGGUUUUAAGUCCUAUGCUAAUUCGGGGCUUUCCAACCUGGGCCCCCAGAUGUUGUCAGACUAUCAUCAACCCCUGCCACAAAAGCCAUUGUGGCUGGGGAUGAUGGGAGUUGUAGUCCAGCCGCAUCUGGGGAUGUCAUUCCGUCUUCUGUCCAUUUUCACCACCCACCAAAUGGCUCAGGGGCUCCCACUGAGUCUGAGGCAUUGGCGGCUUCGGACCACCGGGACACCUUCCCCAGAUCCAUUUGUUGGUGCCCUGGAUCUUGGUGGCUGUUUUGGUGGUUAGUGGCAAAAUUGGGUGAAAGCACGGCGUUCCUUCAGAGAGCACAAAAAGGUCUAAUUAUCAAGGGGAGCCACUGUGGGCUUGGGCCACAGGUCCUCUAAGGUACCUAACAACAUCCCUGCAUUGGGUUGAGAAAAUGAAUAAGUGGGAAGAAAGUAAUACCUAAUUAAAAAGGCAAAAAACAAAAAAAACAAAAAACAAAAAAACCAGCCAGGUACCAAGGUAAAAUGUUACUAGGGAGAGAUACAGGGAGGUCCCGAUCCAGAACAAGGCAGGAGGUUGGCCUUCUCUCCAGAGGCAGAGGUUCCCCCCUGCUCUCCCUCCGUCCCACCCUUCUGAAGGGAUAAGCAAAGCUCCCCUGUCGCCAGACAGAGCCACUUCCCAAAUGGUAGCACUGGAUGUGCCACAAGCACCAAGCUCUAGAAAGAGUAGGUGGUCUUCCCAUGAAGGAGGGGGAUGGCAGCCCUUCCUUGGCAAAACUCACGGCAGUGAUGUUAAAAGACAUUGAGGGUCAGCCGCAGGCAGGCAGGAGACGGGCAACCACUUUUAAGCAGUCAAAACGGAACGUGGGCCGGUACCAUCUGGGGGUGGUGGGAUUUUUGGCAAGGUCUGCUGCACCCCCAGAGAUGGAAAAGAGAUGAUCACCCCGGCAGACUUGCAGUGCGUGAUCAUGCUUUGAUUGUCCUGACCACCAGGCCAGAUUUUCAGUGGUAAGUUUUAAGCUUUUAAAAAUGGUAAAAACACAAACACUUCUAUUGCAUUUCAUCCGUUGUCCGAGGCAUGGGAAUUGAAAUGGGCCGGAAUGUCCUCUAAAGAUAACUCCGUGGAGAAAGGCUCACCAUUUGUCCAUUGUGAUACUGACCCUGACCUUUUCCUCAGUGCAAAAAUGGCUGCAAUUUCAGCCUAAUCAUUUGAGGGUCAGGAUAAAGAAAGGGUGAGAACAUGCAGAAAGCUUUAAGCACAACAAUGUGGUCGUCUGUUUUCCAUCUCUAUCAGAGUAGACAUUGCCAGAAACCCCGAUGAGCAUUUGUCCCCUGUGAUGCUACUGAUGAUGGCCCAAAAGUGUAGGUCUGGCUCCUGCACUAAACGUUGUUGGAGUGAGGUUUGCUUUCUAGCCAUGUGCACAUUUGGGCCCCACAUUCGCCUCUGGUCAAACAGCUUCUGCAUGGCUGGGGACCAGUAUCCAAACCUGCCUGACCUAUGUGGCCAGAGGCAAAAGUGAGAUGGAUGUCGGUAACGCAGGCAGCUGCCCCUCUUUCCAAACUGAUCUGGGGGAGCGGGGGGGUGGGAGGUAGGUUGCCUCCAGUUGCCAUUGACCCCUUUAACAGAAGUGAAACAAAUGUCCCCCUCUUGGGUAUUCUGCCCUCUUGUUGAUUGUUGUGCUGUUUAUAACCAAAAUAUGUACAUCUUGAUUGUGUUUAUACAGUUUAUUUUUAUUAAAAUGUUUGAUGUUC